AUGACGCCAAUGAAUGGACGCCAGUUGAUAAUGUGGGAUUUGGCCAUCUCACUAAUCAUCAUAUCCAGCGUAUUGAUGCUCGCCCGACUCUACGUCAGAUUCAUCAUGCUCAGGAAACCGGGGUGGGACGACUACUUUGCAAUCUUGGCCUGGGCAAGUAUUGAGCGAAUCUGCCUGCUGGGACAGGCUUCCAUUGAAAUUGCUGCGACCUACAACGGCUCGGGUAGGACCAUGGCUUUGGUGCCUCAAAACGAGAUUCGCACCUACUUUAUGCUUCUCCCAACUGCACAACUCCUAUAUUUCCUGGGGACCGGCUUUGUGCGACUGUCCAUUCUGGCCUUUCUGCCACGUUUGAAUAAAGAAAGAGCAUUCAUGAUAUGGGUCUACAUCGUCGGCGUCGGCAUCAUCAUUCUCACUUUUGGGUCUUUCUUCACUCUCUUGUUUGAGUGUAAACCAGUCAAAGCACUUUGGGAUAAGAUGAUGCCGGGCGCUCACUGUCUAGCCCUCUCACAGGAGGCUGUGCUCAUGUAUACACACAGUGGCCUUAGUAUCUUUUUCGACCUCGUGCUUCUGGUAAUGCCUAUCUGGGUUCUUCAUAAAAAGAUGAUCUUCUCAUUGAGGACCAUCAAAGUUGCCCUUGUGUUCGCCGUGGGCAUCUUUACCAUCAUCACUGGGAUCAUUCGCCUUUCCACAAUCGUCACGAUAGACAUGACAGUCAACACGACAUACAACGUCACCUUCGCGGCCGUCUGGACCAAUCUUGAAGGUCAUUGCGGACUCUGGGUGGCGUGCUUCCCCGCACUCCAGCCCCUUGUACGGCGCAUCGCUGUCCGUCUUGGCCUAGGUUCCGUCGGCUCCAAGCGCUCCUCCAACCCUACGAACAAACCUCCAUCGAACGACCGGAGUCAGUACUCCAUUCGUUCUUCUACGUUCCUCAACAGAUGGAUCCAUCGUCAUACGGGCAAUUCCAGUACAUCAAACGCGCCUACCUCAAAAGAGAACAUAGCUUCCGCAGCCAGUAAUCGAAGCGGUUUAGCGCCGGCUACAAAGCAGGGUGACAACGAGGUUGAACCUGCGCGGUCCCGCCCGGCUGACGAGGGCAGUCAGAGUCCGGGGACUGCGUAUAACGUGGGAGAGCUUCAUCACAAUGGUGAUGAUACUCAUGAUGAGGAAGAGGAGGAGAUCUGGGAGGAUGUAAAUUUCGGUAUUGGAUCACCCUUACCAGAAGACUCGGAUAUGGAGAGGGGAGAGGAGCUGCAGGUACUCAUGCCUCGGCCAUUGAGUGGAAUAGUGAGGACUACAGUUGUCACCCACGGUAGUGAGCCUAGGACGAGCUCGUAUGAUAGGGAAUGCAUCCGCGGAUGGAGAGAGGGAUGA